AGGGGAUAACUGAAACUCAACGCGCUGCAAACUGCGUCAUCGCGAGCCCGGAAGUAGCGAAGAAGUGUUGACUGUCUCCUGUCCUCGCCAGAAAUACCCCAGUAGCUUUUGUUUGGAUGCUUUAACAAGCAGGCACAGCUAGCAUUGCUCUUGGUUUGCAUGGCGUCUCCAGGGGGACAAGGAGGAGGAGUGUUGUCCACAAGAGGAGGAGCUACAUCCAGGAGGAUGAAGUGGGCUCUGGAGCUGAGUUCAGGCAACACCAGGUGUCGUGGCGAUCGUCAGGGCGGUCAAGGAGACGUUGUUUAUCCAAUUGGAUAUUCCGAGAAGCCUGUCCCUGACACCAGCAUUCAGGAGACGGACAAGAACCUGGUGGAGAAGCGAUGCUGGGAUGUGGCGCUAGGACCCCUAAAGCAGAUCCCCAUGAACCUGUUCAUCAUGUACAUGUCGGGAAACACCAUCUCCAUCUUCCCCAUCAUGAUGGUGUGCAUGAUGGCCUGGAGGCCCAUACAGGCACUGAUGUCCAUGUCUGCAACCUUCAAGCUGUUGGAGAGCUCCAGUCAGCAGUGGCUUCAGGGUCUUGUCUACCUGGUGGGCAACUUACUGGGCUCGGCGCUGGCCAUCUACAAGUGUCAAUCAAUGGGGCUGCUGCCCACACACUCGUCUGACUGGCUGGCUUUCAUAGAACCUCCUCAGAGGAUGGAGAUCAUGGGCGGAGGGAUGGUCCUGUGAAUGACAUAACUAUUUUUGUCAACAUACAACAGAUGGAGGCUUUGCAGUGCUGACAAUGGUGAAGAUUUUUCUGAUAAAUGAACAGCUGGUUGUAUGAUGUGGCUUCCUGCACGCCCACUUUUUUUUCUUUGCCUUGUUUUUUGGACAGCAACACUGAUGUUCCAGCACUUAAAGGGACUGUAUGCAUCAGGUUCCUCCAGCUGCCUAGGGAGCGCCAAAAUUCCAGUGUUACACAGGACAUUAUAUAUACACCUGCCUCUUGCAGCUUUGUUAACACACACACACACACACACACACACACACACACACACACGCGUCGGCUAAUGACAGCAAAUUGGCAAAGUUUAGCUACUAACGUCAGUAAUCAUUGAUGAUAUAGCCUAUCGUAACAACAAUAUGACUAAAUUGUUGACCCCUCUCUAAGGCUACUUUUGUGUGUGUGUGUGUGUGUGUGUGUGUGUGUGUGUGUGUGUGUGUGUACGUGUACAUGUACAUGGAUACCAACAGGCAAGCAUGACAGCCAUGAACACCAGUUAUUUUAUUCGGAUUUGGAGCGAGUAGCAUACAGUCCCUUUAAGCCCACUAUUGUGCUUUGCUUUCAUGUUUUGGGAGCAAACAACUUCUUUACAUGAAAUUUUGUUAAUUUUUUUCAUCCAUCACCAUGAUUUUAGCAUACAUGUCACUAACCUGUUUAAUUUAUAGACCUCUUGUAAUUUAUACUCAUUUGCUCGAAAGAAAUAAAUCAUUACCGACUUCCA